AUGACAACAAAUCCCAUAUUAGUGGCGAUAUCACUGAACACGUUGUUUCCAGAAGUGGAGGACUAUUGGCUGCCAAUACUACCGACAGUGAAGACCAUCGAUGAUCUCAAACGACAUAUACUGACCACUGAAUCAAACGGUCGAUCAAUCGGUGAAUUCCCCGAUGAUAUCGGUCUGUAUCUCGAAAAUGCUUUACUUCGGGACAACACAUCCAUCGACUGUCUUCGAGACAGAGAUUAUAUUGAAAUCCGUGCGAAACCUGUGGCCAAACGAAGGAUCAGUUCUUCGGCGGACAAUACUUCUGACCGCAAGAGACAUAAAAAUUCUGCUCCUGAGUGCGUUACUAUCGAUGAAUCAGACGAAGAGUCUGUUGGCAACGGUUCCGCAAAGACAACGGGGUAUACGGCCGAAGACUUUGGCAAACGCUCGGAGAGUCACUCAUUUGGUCCGAUUGAUAGUCAAUCUCAAGUCAGUGGUGGGCGCAAUCCAUCAGUAGAUUCCUCGGCAUCUUUUGCCACCAAUUAUUCCGUCAUUACAUCGACGGCACAAUUGGCCGACAAAGUGGUCGCAAAAGCAGACACUGAAUGGCAAAGCGAUGCCUUCACCCGAUUUAGGAGCCGUUUUAACGACACGUCCACCGGUAGUCAAUUGUUUAGCCAACCCGUGGCUAGUGAUUGCCGGUCAGCACCGCAUUCCUCCACACCAUUGCCGACCAAUUGGCCACAGAUCCGCUACACGACACCAUUUGGGCUGUCGAAGAAUGACAGCCAAUGGCGUGACUUUACUCCCAUUGAUACGACCGUUUGGUCCCGAAGUGAACCACUAUUUACGGCCAGCAUUAAGACCAUCGAUGAUAUCAGAGGACAUAUACCGACAAAUGAACGCAUCGAUAACAGUGACCACUAUAUGCCCGCUAACUCUUCGGCGGACAAUACUUCUCCCGCAACACAUGAGUGCAUUACUGUCGAUGAUUCCGAUGACGAGUCAAUGAAUGGCCGAUCGGGUGAUCAGACAAUCGUUGAUAUGGACUACCAAUUGAAGGCUUUAAUGAGUGAUAUUAUUAGUAAAGUUGAGAGUCAUUUAUCUGAUCCGACAGAUUCCUCGACAUCGAUUGCCAACACUUUGACCAUCGAAUCGGAUGGCAAAUGCGAAACAGGCGUCGAAAGUGAUGACAAAUCAGUGGACAACAAAUCCCAAGAUAUAGCGGCAAAGAAUGUGGUACUCGAGAACGAAUCCAACGGUUCCGUCGACUGUUCGUUCAAUACUACGGCCAGCAUAUCGUCGGCAGCGGUGGUCACACAAUCGGGCGACGAAUGUAACAUCAGAUGCGUUGCUAUGGAAACAAUCGCACCCGAAGUCGGUUUGCGACCCAUACCAGCGCCCGUCUGUUUGCAACCCAUACCAGGGCAUCUGUAUGAACUGGACUGUGACCAUCGCUAUUCAGAGCCAUUAGACGUGCUACAUACAUGUUUUAAGUGCGAAACGUGCGGCGCCAUAUAUCUACUCUGA